AUGUCGACUGGUCAGGAGCACCCCGCGAAGAAGCAGAAAUUAGAGGCCAAGGCGAUUGGUACGCACAAUGGUACAUUCCAUUGCGACGAGGCCCUCGCUGUCUUCCUCCUGAGGAAGACCAAUGCAUAUGCGGAUGCAGGUCUCAAGCGAUCGAGGGACCCGGCUAUCCUCGAUACUUGCGACAUCGUCGUCGACGUCGGGGGUGUGUACGACGAGAAGAUCCAGCGCUUCGACCACCACCAAAGGGGCUUCACUGAGGUUUUCGGUCAUGGCUUCGACACCAAGCUCUCCUCGGCUGGUCUCGUCUAUAAACACUUUGGCAAGGAGAUCAUUGCCAACACGCUGCAGCUCCCGCUGCAAGACCCGAAGAUCGAGACGCUCUGGCUCAAGCUUUACAGAGAGUACAUCGAGGCGAUCGACGCUAUCGACAAUGGCAUCAACCAGUACCCCACGGAGCUCAAGCCCAAGUACCGCAUCAGGACCGACAUCUCUGCCCGUGUCGGAUACUUGAAUCCUGCUUGGAACCAGUCCACCGAUUCCGCAACGGUCGACGCCAAAUUCUUGCAGGCCUCGGCGUUGGUGGGCAACGAGUUCCUGGACAGGCUCGGCUAUUACGCCGACGCCUGGCUCCCCGCGCGCGACCUCGUAGUCGCCGCUCUGGAGAAGCGCAAGCAGGUGGAACAGAACGGCCGUAUCAUCCUCUUCGAGCAGUUCGCUCCGUGGAAGGAACACCUUUUCGAACUCGAGGAAGCUCUUCAAAUUCCCGACGCCGAGAAGCCCAUAUACGUCCUUUACCCAGAUGAAACUGGAGGAAACUGGCGCAUUCAGGCCGUCCCAGUUGCACCCGAGAGCUUCGAAAGCCGCAAGGCACUUCCCGAGCAGUGGCGCGGUGUCCGCGAUGACGAUUUGUCCAAGCUCUCCGGGGUCGAGGGCUGCAUCUUCGUCCACGCUAGCGGUUUCAUUGGCGGCAACAAAACCAAGGAAGGCGUUCUCCGUUUGGCAAACCUCGCUCUCGACAUGUGA